CUCCGCCAGGCCGGAUGGAAGACAAGGGACGCCGAGGUGCUCCGGGCCUGACCUACAAAACGGAAGCCGCCUCGGCGCUGGCCCCUGCCUUUUCCUCCGGGUUUGUCUGCCCCUCCGAGAACAGAGAGAGAAGUCGGCUGGCAGAAACCUGCCCAUCCGCUCCCUCUCCUCUUGCCCCGUUUAACGCAUCCGCAAGCGCUGUUCGUCUGGAUCUUCCCUCUUCCUGAAGGGGGAAUCCUGCUUACUGUUGUGAAGAUGGCUCUUAACAAUCUAACAUUAAAAGCUGUAUCCCUUUAUGAUGAAUGGAUGAAAAAUGCUGAUCCACGAGUGGAAGGGUACCCGCUUAUGUCUUCACCUUUGCCACAGGCCAUUAUUCUUGGCAGCUAUAUCUAUUUUGUCACUAUUCUCGGACCGAAAUUCAUGGAAAACAGAAAGCCGUUUGAAUUGAGACAAAUAAUGGCUUUUUACAACUUUGGUGUAGUAGCUCUUUCAAUUUAUAUGGCUUAUGAGUUCCUCAUGUCUGGUUGGGCUACAGGCUAUACAUUUCGCUGUGACCUAGUUGAUUACUCAAGGUCACCAAUGGCUCUAAGGAUGGUUCGUGUCUGUUGGCUGUAUUAUUUUUCCAAAUUUAUUGAACUGCUAGAUACUGUCUUCUUUAUUCUUCGGAAGAAGAAUGCCCAAGUUACAUUCCUGCAUGUUUUUCAUCACACAAUCAUGCCUUGGACCUGGUGGUUUGGAGUCAAAUUUGCUCCAGGUGGCUUAGGAACAUUCCAUGGUUUGUUAAACUGCAUUGUACAUGUUAUCAUGUACACCUAUUACGGAAUAUGUUCUCUUGGGCCAGCUUAUCAUAAGUAUUUGUGGUGGAAAAAAUAUAUGACAACUAUACAACUGAUCCAGUUUUUUUUGGUCACCCUCCAUAUAGAACAAAUCUACUUCAUGGAUAAUUGCCAAUACCAGUAUCCAGUCUUCAUGUUCAUCAUCUGGCUAUAUGGCUUUUUGUUUUUAAUCCUGUUUCUACAUUUUUGGUACAAUGCUUAUACCAAAGGUCAAAGACUCCCGAAGCAUGUGAAAAAUGGCAUUGUAAAUGGCAUUAGCACAAACAAAACAGAAUGAAACACUCUUACCACAAACAUGAAUGAAUGUUUCAACUUGCACUACUUGACAAUCAAGACAUUUAAGUGCACAGCACACUGGACAUUUUGUAAAUGGUUUUUGAAAACAAACCGACCAACAAGAAGCCCCUUUAUUUUUAUUAUAAAUUAUUUGGAAUUUAAUCUUUAUGUGGGAGGAAAAGUAGACUUAUUAAUAUUCACUGGCCUCCAGUUUUUAUCAGUAUAUAUAUUGGAAUGUUUUUCUAUGUAUCAAAUAAAUGAAUAUUUAGUGGCAUUCCUAGAGGUGCACACAAAUAUUCAUUACGAGAAUGAAGUGUAUCUGAUAAGUAUACAAAAAUACUUUGAACACUGAGAGAUACAUUUGUUUUAACUGGGAAGUUACUCCAAGACCUAUAGGCUACUCGUAAUGGGAAUAAAAUACAGUUUCAUGACAAUUUAUGGUCUGCAAACCUCACUGUUAAUAUAUUUACUGUAAACAUUAAUGUGUUUUA